AUGAUUAACUUUGCUGAAAUUGAAGUUGAGAGGGAAUUAGGGGAACAGCUGAACGCUACCCUCAACAGCGAACAAAGAGCAGCAUUUGCUGAGAUCGAAACUGCAAUGAAAUCUGAGGUUGAUGGCAGUAAAUGCUUCUUUUUAGAUGGGCCAGGAGGAAGUGGAAAAACUUAUGUUUACAAGACAUUGUUGAGUCAUGUUAGAGGACAAGGAGAGAAUGCCCUACCAGUUGCUUCAACCGGUAUUGCUGCAAAUCUUUUAAAAGGCGGAAGAACCUACCAUUCUCAAUACAAGCUUCGUCUGAAAAUUGACGAAACUACCGUAUCUGGAAUAACAAUGAUGAGUAAAGAUGCCGAUAUAAUCAAAAAGGCGAAAUUAUUGAUUUGGGACGAAUCAACAAUGGCACCUGCUCAUGCACUAAAUUGUGUUGAUCGAUUACUUAGAGAGAUUAUGGAAAAAAAUGUUCCUUUUGGAGGGAAAGUUUUGUUAUUGGGCGGUGACUUCCGACAAACACUUCCAAUUAUUUCUCACGGAGACGCAGUUGCAGUAGUACAAGCAAGCAUUAAGUUCAGCCCAUUGUGGAAUAAAUUCAAGGUUUUGAAAUUAAACAACAAUGUUCGAUCACUAGAUAUUGAGUACAGCAAUUGGCUCAUGAAACUUGGUAAUGGAGAACUGAAAAAUCAAGAUGGUUUGAACGAAAAUUUGAUUGAAAUUCCUGAAAGCAUGUUAACCUCCGAAAAUAUAAUUAAAGAUAUUUUUGGCGAAACUCUGACUCCAGACAACGUAGAACAAUUCUCACAAAGAGCAAUAUUAUGCCCAACCAAUGACGAGGUGGAUAAUAUUAAUGAAAAAAUCUUGGAGAUAUUGGAAGGCGAGGCAAAGACAUACAUAAGCUCUGAUUCGUUGGUUACUGACGAAGACUCUGACAGAAACGAUUAUCCUGUAGAAUUUUUGAAUAGCUUAAAACCCUCAGGUUCGGCACCGCAUGAAUUAAAUUUAAAGAAAGGCGCUUUGAUUAUGUUAUUGAGGAAUUUGAAUACAAAACGUGGUUUGUGCAAUGGAACUCGAUUGAAAAUAAUUGAUCUGAAACCAAAUUUGAUUAUUGCAAAAGUGCUUACAGGAUCGGCAGAAGGAAACGUUGUAUUUAUACCACGAAUUGAUCUUAUUACUGAUUCCGAUCUGCCUUUCCAGCUGAAGAGAAGACAGUUUCCGGUGAAGCUUGCCUUUGCUAUGACUAUAAAUAAAUCACAAGGACAGACUAUGGACAAAGUAGGGAUUUAUUUACCAACUCCAGUGUUUGGUCAUGGACAAUUUUAUGUUGCUUUCUCUCGAGUCCGAAGAUCGUGUGAUGUGAAAGUACACGUAGUGACAACUUUAGAGCAUGGGAAGCUGUUACCAGAUUCGAAUAAAAUAUUUACAAGAAAUGUAGUAUACAAAGAUAUCCUAUUCCGAUGA